UUCUGAGAAGAGAAACGUUGUCGCUGUUGAUGCUCUAAUCGCGAUGUCUACGAAGUGGCUGAUGAUCGUUCUACUCGGGGGUUUCGUCUUGCUGUCUCUGUCUACUGACGCUACCUACCUUCCGGAAAAGAAGACGCCCAAAUUGCCGAAAAUAUCAAAACAAAAACAUUUAAUAAAACUAGCCAUUCAUCUUGGCAAAAGCUACAACCAUGCUACUUCUGACCUUGGCAACGGCGGCUAUGAUGACGUCUACAACGGCGAUUACGUCAAUAACGACUACGACUACCUACGCAGAUUGUUGAACGGCUACCUGCGACCGCUGUGGCACUUCCUAUACCGCCUGCGUCUACAGCUUCUUCGUCGCGUCUACGACGGCGACAACUUUCCAUCUCGAUACCCCACAGACCCCUACGACCCCACCGAUCCCUUCGACCCUUCCGUGGACCCUAAUGAUCCCUUUAACCCUUCCGUGGACCCUAAUGAUCCUUACAACCCUUUCUAUCCCAACGAUCCUUUCAACCCUUUCGACCCAACAGAUCCUUAUGAUCUGAAUAACCCUGAGGAUCCUACGGAUCCCUAUGACCCCAAUGGCCCAUUUGACCCCAAUGACCCGCCCAUCCAGCACUAUGAGGCAUUGUCCUUGAAGAAGUCCGCCAAACGAAAACGAACUGCCGAUACAUCAGAAGAAUCAGAGGACAAAGGAACAAAAAAGAAACACUAAAUCUCCAAUGGGCGGAAUAUGUUUGGUAAAUCCUAAUUGUGCAGUCUGGGCAAUGAAGAAAUAACAUCAUGGAAUGCUGGUCUUUACUGAAGAAUUUCAAGGUCACGAGACAUUAAAAUUCGCACAUUACACUGUU